GCAGCUCAGAACCGGAAAAUGUUCAAUCCGAUCCAAAGAAUUAUACUAGUCUUCUUGUUACAUGGGAAAGACCUCGCGUUGUAUACGACACCACAAUUGAGAGAUUUGCCGUCUUUUAUCAACAGUUGGAUGGAGAAGACCAGACUAAGCAUGAGUUUCUGACAGAUGGGUAUCAGGACUUGGGGGCUAUUCUAAAUAAUCUGCUGCCCAAUACAAGUUAUGUUCUUCAGAUAGUUGCUGUUUGCUCUAAUGGUCUAUAUGGAAAAUACAGUGACCAAGUCAUUGUUGAUAUGCCUUUAGAGGACCCAGAGGCUGACCUCAUUCCUGAACUGAAUGAAACUGAAGAAUAUGAGGAUGAAGUUGAUGAAAAGGAAACAGAAGUGGAUGAAGAAACUGCAGUGAUUCCUAGCUCUGACAGUACAAUAAACCGAAUGAGGAAAGAUUUCCAGGUGACUACAUCCAGCUAUAGUCAAGAAAAAAUGGGGACAAAACCCAGUGAAGCUAAAACAAAUAGAUAUUUAACAAGAGAAGAAGAAUUGCAUGGUAAGGAUGAUGUUUUCAAAGCAGUAUAUUACCCUACUUCUCCACCUGUUAGUGAAAUUCCUGAAGAAGCGGAAGAUCCUUUUUUGGCAUCCCGAACAAUUACUGGAAUUCUUCCUCAACUCACUGACUCCACCAAAGGUGUGGAAGAAGAAUACAUAUACCUUUCUUCAGGCACUGAACCAACAAGAAUAACCACUACUGGCCACAGUGACGAAGAUUUCUUACUGUCUGCUUUUAAACCUCAUCAGGAAUCUGAUGAAUUUUGGAGUUCGGUUCUUACCACUUCUUCAGCACAGCUGGUUACAGAGGAGACCUCCCAAGAAGACACCCUUCCUUCAGGAAGCCCAGAUAUAAGCAUGCAUGAUGUUCUUUCCCAAGGCUCCGUUAAGUAUGUUUCAGAAGGUGUAGCACCCCCAAAGCAUACUUCUUCAACUGACGGAAAUUUAUGGUUUCAUAACGCUACAGAUCUGACAACUCAAUCUGUUGACACAUCGGAUAGCAGGCAAUUGUCUCAGACCAGUUACACUGAUGCUUAUGUAGAGGGAUUAAAGCCAGCUACAGUGCCCUAUUCCAGCAGCCCAGUGGUUUCACAAGACACUUCAGAUGCGGAUUUAGAACUGCCACAUUAUUCUACCUUUGCUUUCUCCUCUGCUGAAUUAUCACCUCACUCUAUCUCUUCAAGCUCUGGAGAAUAUGGUUCUGCUUCUGCUGCCAGUGAGGUACUCUCUCAGACAACUCAGCCAAUCUAUAAUGAGGCAAGUAAUAGUAGCCAUGAGUCUCGUAUCGGUCUAGCUGAGAGUCUGGAAUCAGAGAAGAAGACAGUUAUACCACUUGUGGUCGUAUCAGCCCUGACUUUUAUCUGUCUAGUGAUUCUUGUGGGUAUUCUCAUAUACUGGAGGAAAUGUUUCCAGACUGCUCACUUUUAUUUAGAAGAUAAUACAUCACCUCGAGUGAUUUCUGCUCCCCCAGCUCCAAUCUUCCCAGUCUCAGAUGAUGUUGGAGCAAUUCCAAUAAAGCAUUUUCCAAAACAUGUUGCAGAUUUACAUGCAAGUAAUGGUUUUUCUGAAGAAUUUGAGGAAAUCCAGAGCUGUACUGUAGACCUAGGUAUUACAUCAGACAGCUCUAAUCACCCCGACAACAAGAAUAAGAAUCGAUACAUAAACAUUGUUGCUUAUGAUCAUACUAGGGUUAAAUUAGCACAGCUUGCAGAAAAGGAUGGAAAACUGACUGAUUACAUUAAUGCCAACUACGUUGAUGGCUACAACAAGCCAAAAGCCUACAUUGCAGCUCAAGGGCCACUAAAAUCGACAGCAGAAGAUUUCUGGAGAAUGAUAUGGGAACACAACGUAGAAGUUAUUGUGAUGAUAACUAAUCUCGUUGAGAAAGGAAGGAGAAAAUGUGACCAGUACUGGCCUGCCGAAGGUAGCGAAGAGUAUGGGAACUUCUUGGUUACUCAGAAGGGUGUUCAUGUACUUGCCUAUUACACCGUAAGGAAUUUUACUCUUAGAAACACCAAGAUCAAAAAGGGUUCCCAGAAAGGGAGGUCUAGUGGACGCAUAGUAACUCAGUACCAUUAUACCCAGUGGCCUGACAUGGGCGUUCCAGAAUACACGCUGCCCGUCCUCACCUUCGUGCGGAAGGCAUCGCAUGCCAAGCGCCAUGCUGUCGGGCCUGUUGUGGUUCAUUGCAGUGCUGGUGUUGGAAGGACAGGCACAUACAUAGUGUUAGACAGCAUGCUGCAGCAAAUUCAGCAUGAAGGGACAGUCAACAUAUUUGGAUUCCUAAAACACAUACGUACCCAAAGGAACUACUUGGUGCAGACUGAGGAGCAAUAUAUCUUCAUUCACGAUGCAUUGGUCGAAGCGAUACUCAGUAAAGAAACAGAAGUCCCUGAGACUCAUAUUCAUGCCUAUGUUAAUGCUCUCUUGAUACCUGGACCAACAGGAAAGACCAGACUGGAGAAACAAUUCAAGUUACUGAGCCAGUCUAACACACAGCAGUGUGAUUAUUCAACGGCUCUCAAACAGUGCAACAGAGAAAAGAACCGAACUUCAUCCAUCAUUCCUGUGGAAAGAUCUAGAGUGGGUAUCUCAUCACUGUCUGGUGAAGGGACAGACUACAUCAAUGCUUCCUAUAUCAUGGGCUAUUAUCAAAGUAAUGAAUUCAUUAUUACCCAACAUCCCUUACUACACACUAUCAAGGAUUUCUGGAGAAUGAUAUGGGACCAUAAUGCCCAGCUAAUAGUCAUGCUUCCUGAUAGCCAGAAUAUGGCUGAAGAUGAAUUUGUAUACUGGCCAAACAAAGAUGAGCCUAUAAACUGUGAGAGUUUCAAAGUUACUAUGAUUGCUGAAGAACACAAGUGUCUGUCCAAUGAGGAGAAGCUCAUAAUCCAAGACUUUAUUUUAGAAGCUACACAGGAUGACUAUGUACUUGAAGUGAGGCAUUUUCAGUGUCCAAAAUGGCCAAAUCCUGAUAGUCCUAUUAGUAAAACUUUUGAACUGAUCAGCAUCAUCAAAGAGGAAACUUCCAACCGUGAUGGACCCAUGAUUGUACAUGACGAGCAUGGAGGGGUGACAGCAGGCACUUUCUGUGCAUUAACAACACUGAUGCAUCAACUGGAAAAUGAGAAUUCAGUGGAUGUUUACCAGGUAGCAAAGAUGAUAAAUUUGAUGAGACCUGGAGUCUUUACAGACAUUGAACAGUACCAGUUUCUGUACAAAGCUAUUCUCAGCCUUGUCAGCACAAGGCAAGAGGAAAACCCUUCAGCAUCUAUGGACAGUAAUGGCUCAGCUUUACCCGAUGGAAAUGCGGCUGAAAGUUUAGAAUCUCUAGUUUAAUUAACACAUCAAAUUAAACACACACACAUACCUACAUCACACCAGUUGCAUCUGGAGUUUACCAUUAAUAUUUUCAGUUUUAUACU